GAUUAUGGGUCGAGGGCUAGCAGGGGAAUGCAGAGGAGUUUCAAUGAUGUUGGGUCAACUGAUGCUUCCACGCCACAGCCUCGCUCCAGGUCCUCCAGCAUGAGGAAGAACGCGGAUGAGAUGUUUCUUCCAAGCCAUUACAGCCCUGGUCUGCUCGAUCUUCAUUCUCUCGAUACUGAAUUGUUACCUGAGACCACUUAUCGUAAAAGCCUUGAUGACUCCGAGUCCUUUUUCGCUGCCAGUAAGCUUCCUAACAAGGCUGGAGGUGCAUCCGACAAUAAUCUUCUCAAAAACUUCUCAGUUGACAAGGAAAGAACCAACACUGUUGCUAAGAUCAAAGUUGUGGUAGACUUGACGGAGUACAUUGAGAAACAUGAAUUUGUCUUUGAUGCUGUAUUGAAUGAAGGCGUUUCAAAUGAAGAAGUAUACUCGGAAACUGUGGAACCCAUAGUUCCUCUUAUCUUUAACCGAACAAAAGCAACUUGCUUUGCAUAUGGGCAAACAGGUAGUGGAAAAACGUAUACUAUGCAACCACUGCCUCUAAAGGCGUCUGAAGACAUUUUAAGAUUAGUGUACCACACACAUCGGAACCAGGGUUUCCAAUUAUUUGUCAGCUUCUUUGAGAUAUAUGGUGGGAAACUUUUUGAUCUCCUCAGCGAUAGGAAAAAGCUUUUUAUGAGGGAAGAUGGGAAGCAACAAGUAUGCAUUGUGGGGUUGCAAGAAUAUAGAGUGUCUAAUGUCGAGACAAUUAAGGAAUUGAUUGAGAGGGGAAAUGCCACAAGAAGCACUGGUACAACUGGUGCAAAUGAAGAAUCCUCUAGAUCACAUGCUAUACUUCAACUUUGCAUUAAGAGAUCAGUCGAUAGUUCCGAAUCAAAGCCUGCUCGACUUGUAGGAAAGCUGUCUUUUAUCGAUCUUGCUGGAAGUGAACGUGGUGCAGAUACUACAGAUAAUGAUAAACUGACAAGAAUGGAAGGUGCUGAAAUCAACAAGAGUUUACUUGCUCUCAAAGAAUGCAUUAGAGCUCUUGACAAUGAUCAAGGUCACAUUCCUUUCAGAGGCAGUAAACUCACUGAAGUGCUCAGAGAUUCAUUUGUUGGUGACUCACGCACAGUUAUGAUAUCAUGUAUUUCACCAAGCUCAGGAUCAUGCGAGCACACUCUCAACACGCUAAGAUAUGCUGACAGGGUAAAGAGUCUAUCUAAAGGGAACAACACAAGGCGGGAUCCUUUAUAUUCAUCUUCAAAUCUUCGAGAAUCAACAGCUUCUCUAUUGUCUUCCACAUUACCCACCGAGCCAACCUUUGAGGAUAACAGAACUUAUUUACCGAAUGAAAAGAACAGAUUCGGUUGGUCCAAACAGAAUGAAAGAGAAGGCACUCCACCACUGAAUGUAGAGCGUGUUCCUAGCAACAGGGCAGACAUAACUUUGCCUCAUCACAGAAGUCAACGAAGUUUUCAAGAUGACUUCACUGAAGAUGAUUUUGGUUCCUCUGAACCAAAUUAUGACCAGGAAAAAUGGACGAACAAUAAAAUAACUGAAACUCGACAAGUUUCAAGCUUUAUCAAUCCGAAGAAAGCUACUAAUGAAGUGAACCAAAGGGAUAUUCCUGAUUUUGAGAUCGAUUCUCAUUCGAAUGAUGACCUUGAUGCCCUUUUGAAGGAAGAAGAAGAUCUUGUUACUGCUCAUAGGAGACAGGUGGAGCAGACAAUCGACAUUGCCCGAGAGGAGAUGAACUUGCUUGUUGAAGCUGACCAACCCGGAAGCCAUUUAGAUGACUACAUCCAUAAAUUAAAUGUAAUUCUAUCGCAGAAGGCCGCAAGCAUUUUUCAGCUGCAGACCCGGUUGGCUCAGUUUCAGAAACGUUUGGAUGAAUACAACGUUCUGGUGGCCCCCUCCAGCAACUGAACCAAACCUAGAUACAGACACCUCCAUUUUUUCGCCCUCCAAAUCCUUCUUUUGCACAGGCCCGAGGGAACUGGUCCUGCUCGAGCAGAGCUAACUAUCAUUCAUAUGAAAUGGUUCAAGUUUUUCCCUCAGAGGUGGUUUGAGUUUUCUUUGAUUGUAUAGAAGAUUUUCUUUCCUGUCCAUAGUUUUUCUAUUCAUGGUCAGCUGUUCUCUCCCUCUGAGAAUGAACAAACUUAUACAGAUUCUUCUGUAGGACCCAAAAGUAACCACAAGUGCUUUUGCAAAUUUCAGUUUGAUCUUAUAAAAGACUGUUGAUAUUAUAAAUCAUCUCAUUUAUUCGAA